AUGUAUUUAACGAUUCUCCUGCUAAUUAUUACGGCUUUUAUUUGGGUUCUUUUUCGGUAUAGCGCUUGGCUCAUCUCACGGGUACUCUCCAUUUUCUCUGGAUCUCACAUCAGCGUCGGUGGCUUCAGUCGAUUCGGUCUUUUGGACGUCCGCGUACGUCUGAGAAGCGGCGUAACAUUCCACGUUGACGCCGUCCAGCUGCGCUUUUUCCCGCAGAAAUUUAGUAAACCUAUAAGUGUCGAACUUGGCGAUGUACGCAUCGAGGCGGACGAGCAGGAGCUCCGGCGGGAAGCCACCAACCGGGGCUCGAAGCGCCCGAGGCCUGAAAGUUCGUCGAGAAGCUCGCGGACGGCAAGCCUUCUAGCUCAAUACUCCGCUCUUUACAUUAACCGCACCCACGUGGUCGUUUUGGAAUGGCUGCCCGAGUGUAUGGUGCAUUGCACAGUCGAUGAUUUCUCGGUGGAAGCCUUUAGAACGCAGGGCAAAAUCAUCCGCAGGAAGACAAGUCAUCCCGCUCCACCUCUCGUCGAAUUCGGCUUCCAGUUAAAACUAUCUCUCGAUACCCUGGAAGGCUUAUUACGAAAAGUGGCGAUGGAGAUGAAGGACCCGAUUCUAUCUGUUAGCCAGGGAGUUUUUCAAUUGACGAAACGGGAGCCGAUUGAGGAGUCGCCGGAGGAGAUUAGUCCAUUAUUGGCAGAGCAGAAGAAGGAGAACAAGAGUCUGGAGCUGGUACGGCAAGUCAGCGAAGUGUCGGUCGGGCUGAAAAAUAUGACGCUGCGGUAUCUGGCACAAGAUGGAAGGGUGCUUCAACUAUCCGUAAAAGCAACCGGCGUCAAACGAUUAGGCGAGACGGCAGAAGCCCGCGUGGAUGGCUUGUUGCUAGCCGAUCAAGGCGGCAAAAGCACGCUCCGCACGGCGCUUCUCCAAGUCAAAGGCCACGGAACGGAAUCUCUUCUCGAAAUCAGAAUCUCAUCCGAUUCGGUGCACACGGCCCUUCGGAUAGCAGACCUGCUUUGGUGGCGGGCGCAUUUUAUUGGAGUGCUGGAUCAGCGAGAUUCUCAAAGAAAAUCUCCUGCCAGCAAGCUGACCAAAAAUGCCGGCCUUUCGCUCUCGUUCUUCAUGGAAAUUGAGCAAAUGGCGUGCGACGUGACGGAUAUGGACGGCGUUCAGUCGCGGUUGUCGAUCAGCUUCUUCACCUUUACGAAGGGAAAAGGUCACCUCGAGCUUGGAGUUGAUUCCCUAUUCGUCGCGUCAAGCCAGACUUCUGGAGGGCAGCACCGCCCCGCCCCAUCCUUUGAUGUACACCACUGGGGCCAAACGCUUUAUAUUGGCGUGGCGCUGCUCCAGAUCAACGAAACAAGCCAUGGUAUCGGUGCCCUGUUAGGUGUUGAUGAUUGCAAGAUCGAGUGGAGCGACAAGCUGGCCCACCAGGUCGGGAAAAUUCUGACGAACUUGAACGCCGCCAAUGAGCCGGAGAGGCCGAAGGAGACGUUGCCGAAGAGCGUGGCGAUCAAGGCGCGGUUGAAGAGAGGAGCUGUAUUCGCCUCGGCAAAAGAAGCCACCUUCCUGGCCGUCCUGACCGAUGAAGUGGCGAUGGUAACUCAGCAGCUCGGCACCGAGCUGACCGUAUCCGUUCGGAAUGCAAGACUGGGUGUUGGCCCAGUUUUGGCGGGCACUCCUUUCCAGCUUGAGAUACUCAGAAUAGCGGGGAAAUUCAUCCCGAGAAAAGACGAUGACGGAUCGGCUGUUUCAAGAUGCUGGAGCCAAGCGAAAAAAGACGAACACCGUGCUGCCCGGCGAGCGCAUGCAGAAGAAAUCUAUCGUCGACGAGGAGUGGAACUGUGCGGGCUUUGCGAAACCGUGUCCCUGUCGAUCGCCUCGAAUACAGCGCUCCGCGACUUGCUGAUGACGGCGUCCGGUGAAUUUUAUGUGAAUUGGAGCCCGCUGAUCCAUCGCGCUUUGACCCACAUCUACAAAUACACCAAAAGCUGCCUCUCGAUAUCACGAAAGCCGAGCAGCGCGAAACCAGCAGAAAUCAUUCCGCUUCAAGUUCGGAUUGUAACACGAUUCCCCGUUACUUUGGAUCUGUCACUACCACGUGCACAUCGGAUGGUCUGGCGAGUGCCGUCUUUAAAUUUUGAGACACAUGCCAAUGGCUUCACGGCAUCAGCCCCCGAAUUGACAAUCACUUGUACCGGAAAUCGGGUCCUCAACGUUACGAAAGUUUUAAUUCAAAAACGAUCCCAUUGCCCAAAAAUGGAGGCGGCUCGUCGGGAGUUUGGUGACCUGCAACUCGACUCAAAUACGGUGUGGACGUGGGCGGCCGAUCAAUUCCACUUCAUCUUGCCGUUCGAAUUCAGCUUCGCCGUCAUCUUCUCCGAGUUUAUCAACGCGUUCAAGUGGAUCAAGAUAAUCCACGAUAUAAAGCCGAAACCAUUCACCAAGGAUUCGCCCCUUCCGGCUGAUAUCAAGAUCGAAAUCAAUGAGCUGCGCCUUGAGCUUGAGGAUGAUCCGUUUGAGACGAGCCUGCAGGCCAAUUACGAGCUGAUGGAGGAUGAGGUGUACGAAUGUGAACGACGACGCCAAAUGCUCGCCGAACGGCUGGCCACCGUCAAGAAGUUGAACCCGUUGUUGCCACAAGCAAAAAUCGACGAGCUGUUCGCGAGUCUACUGGAGAAGAACAGCGCCAUCUACAUCGAGCGCUGGCGGAAGCAGCCGCCGGAGCGACGGCCCCUCUUCGCGUCGGAAUGGCGAAAAUUCCGAAUUCACGCGUUCGCCGACCCGUCGUUCCACGGCACCGAAAGAUGUCAGGCGCUGAUCCAGGAGUUCGACCCGGUCAGCCACUACCCGUCUGACCUGUCCUUUUCAACCCUAUGGGCCCGUGGCUGCGAAUUUGACGUGGAAUCGUGGACGGCACAAUUUCGAGACUACCCUACGCCCUAUUUUCAGGCGACCGACAUGCACUUUUUCGGGACGCUCGUCGGCGCGGAAACGAUUGAAGCUCGCUCGAUGCGAGACGUGCCUAUCCCGCUGAACGCGCCGUGGGAGACGCACACGGUGAAGCGGAACAUUGCCCCGCUAAAAUUCUACUACGACAUGCAAUGCGAAGCGGCCAAAGUUGAUUCGUGGUAUGGGCCAUGUUGGGAACCGUGUCUCUCGAUGGUGUCGCUCACGUGGAACAACAUUUCCGCCCCAUCGGUGGACCCCUCGCCGGUGCUUCCAUUUUGGGACAAAAUGCGCUACCUUCUCCACGGCCGGUUCAGCAUGCUGUGUAAAGAGGUGCGUACUACCAUGCUCGCCUCCCCAGACCCAUACAAUUCCACGGAGACUGUCGAGUGGUGCUGGGAGAAUUUUGGGCUCGAUUGGCUCAUUGGCGAAAUCCGGAUCCGGUCCUGUUUGAGCAUCUACGUCCGCACGGCCUCAAAAUACGACGAUUCUAGGAUUCUGUAUUUGCCGCAGGUCCGCUGGCGCAUCACUCUGGAUUGGGUAUGCCUCGGCGAUCCGCACGAUCACCACGCGGCCACCCCGUGCUCACCGAGUCGACUCCCCCAUUGCGCUACGGAGCACGACUCCUACCGGGCAUUCCGCUCGAAAUGCCUCGACCUGUCCUUUUGCUUUGACGUCGACGCGGCUGAUGCGUAUGGGGACCCGAAAGAAGCGCAUAGCUCCAAACGACCCCAUAUGCUUCUCUAUGCCAACACUUUUCGAUGCUUCGAGUUUUUGAUGAACACGCUCACCCUGACAAAUCGCCCCGUCAAAAAGGGCCCACUGUUCGGAUCGCCGAGCAGAUCGAAGCCGCAGCUCAGCAAGCAUUUCCGUGAUGUCAAGAUUGUGGUCAAUUUCCCGUACUUUCACAUCACCUAUUGGAUGUCCCAUGCUUCGGACUAUGGCUUUAGGGUAACAUCGGAUGGUCUCGCAUUAUCCGCCUUCCUUCGCCUCACCUCCACCCAAGUCGAUAAAAACGAGCUCCGUCGUCGAAAAUCUUUUCAAUGGACCCAACAGCAGGUGACCGCUGGUUUGGGCAAUACAAAGGUGAACGUGUGCGGGGCCUCGGGAUCGACUCGUGGCCUUUGGGAAUCGCCAGAGACGCUUCUGCUCAGCCUUGAGCAGCUUCACUACAUCCGUGAAGAGGGCGGCACAAAAGAGUCGGCUCUGCAUCGAAUUAUAUGCACAGAUCUGAAGGCCUCUUGGACAGCCGCCAAUCGUGAUGCUUGCCUGGUGAUUGCCGACGGUGUCCAUAGAGCCCAUCUCCUCCGAAGCAUUCUCUCCAAUGAUGCUAUCAAGAUUUUGAAGUUAAAAACAGAGAGCGACAAACAGCGUCCUGAUCAAAUUACCCCUCGCGAUCGAGCAGGCGAGGAUGACGAUAUGUAUCGACAUCGCAGCCAGUCCGAGCAGGCCAACUCGCUUCUGGAUCAGCUGAUCGACGAGGCCAGCACCAAGCUGGUUGCCCACUGCGAGCAGGCAACCGAAUUGCCGACGGAUUCGCUACUUGGAGUCCUGCAAUGUACGGCCGACGAUGUGAUGAUGCUCAACUGGCAAAUCGAUCUUCUGAACAGUCAGUUGGUGCUCAAGGGCUGCGAGAAGGACGGGUUCCUACUGGUGGCCGCAGCGCGCGCAUCACUAACCCAAAAGAUACAUCGUUGUGUCUGGCGCAAUGCUCAAUUGCUUGGAAAAAGAUCGUGGAAUGCGGUAAUCUCAGGGAUGCAGUACUUUGCCCCGGUGUCAAUCAGCGAGGGGCUGAACAAAGAGCGUUUCCGAUGGUUGACCCGCGAGGUCAUCGAAGAAAAAGGCCACGACAACGCCAUGGACACCCUCUCGAAUUUUAUUGCGACCGGUGAAGCUGUCGGCGGUGUCGUGCAGGGAAAUGCAACAAGCCAAGCGGAUACCCCAUCCUCGUCCUCGAGCCCAUACGUCUCGCUGCAAAGGAUCGUAUCCCGCUGCUCGUGCGAAAUCUAUUUUUGCUACUUCAGCGAAAUGCUCAAGACUGAUGCCCUCGAAGAAGUCGCGCUUCCAUUGACUGACACCGACGCGACCAACCUAAAUGCCGACUCGACCGUCGACUGCUUGACGCUGAAGCACAACAUGCUCGAGUCGAGCAGCAACUCAGCCCAGUAUGAAAUGGUCGUCGACAUCAUCAACAACCUUGUACUCUUCGUUGACCCGAAAAAGAAGGAGGUAGCUGAACACCGAAGACGCUUGAGAUUUGAGUGCCAAAUGAUGAACAUGCAGCAGAUGCGAGAAAGUAUUGUCGAGCAGCAGACGGAACUCCGCGAGAUUGUGGCGAUGGGCAGAUCGAUUGAACGGCAAAUUCACUACGUCGACACGUUGCCUGAAGGGGAUCGCGACAGAGAAGCACACCGCCGAAAAGAACUAGCUACGGAAAUGGAGGAAUUCAAGCAACAACAACUUGAAGUUUCUGAUCAAUUGGCAAUAUUCAUCAGUUGCUACAAGCAGCGACAAGUCGAACAGCUGCGGGCGGCUGCCGUUUCGGCGCGUGUCGAGCCUGAUCAGCAAGCACCCGUCGCCAGAAGAUUCGAGGUCUGCUUCGAGGAUUGCAUCUGGAAGCUAACAGAAAGCGAUGGUCAGAUUGGAGUUGCACAGCUGCAAAUUAGGAACUUUUUAUAUACUCGAUUGAUGCGCAUCGAUAACAGUGGCGAGCAUCUCUUCGAGGUGGGAACCAUCCGAGUAACAAACCUGCUGCGCGACAAAAUGGACACAAAUUACAGGGAUACGCUUCAUCGCGAUGAGCGGGUCACCCACCACCAGCCAGCCAUUCGAGUCAUUCUCCGAGAUAUGCCUCCAGUCGCUGGGAUUUGCGUCAAAGAGCAUUUCGAAGUCAACAUCUCUCCCAUGGUCGCUCAAAUCACCUAUCGCUUCUUCGACGGGAUCAUGGGCUUCUUCUUCCCUGGACAAAAUAUUCACAAUCAAGAAGAGAUUGACACCAAUCAGGAAGAGGGAAAUCAGAAAAUGUCGUUAACUCGACGAUUUGCCAACAUCCGAUCCUCUAAGACCGGAGCCCAAUAUGAGAGGAAACAAAGCGCCCCGGUCAUACAUACACGACAAAAUACGAACAACAGCAGGAAUUCCGAUCGUCUCGAUGACAUCGAUCGGAUGCGGGAACGAGCCGACAAGAAUAACCUAUUUGUGUAUAUAAAGAUCACGGAAGUGCCGUUUGUCGUCUCAUAUAAGGGUAAAAAAGACAAGAACUUGCUCGACGUCGAUCGAUUCCACUUCCUGUUCCCCUUGUGCGAGUACCAUGAGCGGAGCUGGACGUGGCUUGAUGUGUCGCUGGCGGUGAAGCAACGGGUUAGGCGGGUGCUCUUGCAACAAUUUAUGAAGCAAAAGCUUCUACGCAACAGACUCGUCGGCGGUGGGCCUGAUCCAUUUGAAGGGGUUACCGAGGAUGAUAAGAAAAGGAUAGCUCUGGGCACGACUUCCAACAACGACAAGAAGAAAAAGAAA